AUGGAUUUCAUUACUCACCUCCCUAACUCUUUCGGCCACACCGUGAUCUGGGUUAUAUGCGACCGCCUGACUAAAUUUUUCCAUUUUUUGGCCUUACCAACAAACUUCACUGCUAAAGAUCUGGCUUCUCGUUUUUCUGUGGAGAUUUAUCGCUUGCACGGUAACCCUAAGUCCAUUGUCUCCGACAGAGAUCCGUUAUUUCUGAGCUCCUUCUGGAAAGAGUUUUUCAAAAAACAAGGCACUACAUUAAAAUACAAUACAUCCUACCAUCCAGAAACAGAUGGACAGACAGAGAUGACGCCCUUCAAGGCCCUCUAUGGUCGGGAUCCACCGAACAUCUUGCACUAUGUGACUGAUGACCUCCAUGACGACCCUCUGUCAGUGUCCCUGCAACAACGAGAUCUAGUUCUAUUGAAGUUGCAUCCUUACCGGCAGCAAACAGUGAACAAAAGGACUUCACAGAAACUCGCGAAAUGUUUCUUUGGACCCUUCAAAAUCAUCAAACGAGUUGGUGAGGUUGCCUACAUGUUGGAUCUUCCUUCGUCAUCACAAGUUCAUCCCGUCAUCGAUGUUUCUCUGCUUAAACCGUACCAUAGCUUGCCUCCCUCCGAAGUUUCUCGUUUACUUCCUCCGGAAAUACAACACCGCUUGUAUGAGGAGACACCAUACAUGCAAGAAGGAGUUAAUAUGGGUUCAGAUAUGAAAGGUAAGAGUGAGGCUCUCGGUCAAGAUAUUGAAGUGAACAGGAGUACAGAAGUGAAAACGGGAACAAGACAGAGAGAAAAAAAAUUUUCAAAGUAG